AUGAAAGGGAAGGCUCCCACGUCCAUAAUAACCGACGGUGAUAGGCAAAUGAAGUAUGUGAUCGAGCAAGUUUUUCCAGAGGCUCACCAUCGACUAUGUGCUUGGCAUCUACUCCAAAACGCCACGAGCAACAUCGGAAAGCCUAAAUUCACCAGGAUGUUUAGGGAUUGCGUGCUUGGCGACUACGAGGUCGGAACAUUCCAGAGAAAGUGGUUUGAGAUGGUUGAGAAAUUUGGCAUCGCCGAUAAAAGAUGGGUACAAGACAUGUACGAGAGAAGACACAGUUGGGCCACAGCACACAUACGAGGAAAGUUCUUUGCCAGAUUUCGCACAACCUCAAGGGUCUGUGCAAUGAGGGUGGUUGAUUCUGAAGACAACGGUUCGUAUUUUAUCCACACCGUCUCUCGAUACGGCACUCCGGGGAAGGAUUGGCGUGUUGUUGCAAUGUCUGAUUUGAGCGAGGUCCGAUGCACGUGCAUGAGAAUGGAAUGUUUCGGGGUCCUCUGUGAACAUAUAAUUGCGGUGCUUGUUCUUAACAAUGUUCAUGAGAUCCCAAGUUCUCUAAUAUUGCCGAGAUGGACCAAGGAUGCAAAAGUUGCGACGGUGUAG